AACACAAUUGAGUACAGGACACAAACGCGAACGUACACGCUUCGAUUGUGGGCGCUGCCUCCGGAAAUCCAAAGUUGAACCAGUGCCUGACCGAAAAGAAUUACAAAAUAAUUGCUAAAACCGAUGAUUUUCCGGAUUCAAUUUGCCAAACACUCGCCACUCAGAUGAAACCUCGAAGCUAAAUUCAAUCUAAACCAAAUCAAUACUGAAAAUCAACAAAUGAAAAUAUCAAAAACGCCGUGCAUAAAAACCGCGUAAAGCCAAACUGCAACCAACCAACAAAAUCAACAACAAUUUCUGGAAUUAAUUUCAUUUGCCGCGCGCGUCCAUAAAAAUCUACAUAGAAAGCGGCACAAAAUAAAUACACCAGCCAGCCAGCCAGCGAGGAAAGUGAAUUGGUUAGCCAUGGAGAAGGCGUAAUGGCCAUCUGCUGACCCAGGACCCAUAACUUUAGAUGAGCGCGCCACUGUGCCACAAUUUCGGUUUACACCUGUCGAAGCUGCCACGCCCAGGAGCAACUUUUUCUACCACCAAACCGGCAACAACAACAACUGGAGGCGCCACCAGCAUAGGAAUAAGCAAAAGAGCAAAAAAAUCAGUGAUAUGGAACUGUGCAUAGCAACAAAGUCAAAAAUUGUAACCGCUCAGAGUUCAAUGCCGCAAAGCAGCCCAUGCAACAGCAGCAGCAGCAGCAGCAGCAACUGCCGAAACUAUCAAAAGAAAUGCCACCAAAAUCAAACAAACACUCAAGUACAGAGCACUCAGCGAAGCAAUUGCAGCAGCCACAGCGAUCGAGACCACCUGAUAAACCAACAAAAGCAACAGAACCAACGAACAAAUAGUGCAACAGCAGCAAGUGCAGCAGCUGCAACAUCAUCAAAUUCCACUAGCAGCAGCAGUAAAAACAUCAGGCAGCCGAGCAGCAGCACACAAUUAAACACCCUCUACGCGCUGCUGGUGCUUUUGAUAGUCGGCCUUGCCACAGCCACCGCCUCGCCCAGCCCCAGCCCCAGCCACGCCCCCUUCGGGCGCGAGAGCAGGCGCGAUGCUCUUUUGGCCUACUACAAAAGGGCGCACCUGCCGCAGAGCAGCAGCAGCAGCGGCGGCGUUUCCCUGGGGCACAAGUAUCACCUGCUCCACGAUGCCAAUGGCCUUGACUUUGACGAGCUAACGCCCACCGCCAGCAGCGUGUCUGCUCUCAGUCGGGCGGAGCGUUUUCGGUUGCGUAAGCGCAGCGCCACGCCCACAACGCCCGUCACUCCACUGGAUGUUGCAACUGCAGCAGCAGCGGCAACAGAUGCAGCAGCAAAGGAUGCGGGCAGCGGGAAGAAGCCGGAGGAGAAGUGCGAGCCAAAAGUACUCGAAACGCUGCCAGAUGAGCCGUUUUACGACUACACCGACAUCGCCGAGGAUGCCGCACGCCAGUUUAUUGAAUUUUUAUCGGGCAAAUUCCCAAAUGCCAACACACCGAUUGCCAUCGAUGAGCCGACACGUGCGGAGGUGAGUCGCCGGGCCAAUGGAAUCGCCAGCUACGCCCUCAACGAGGACGACAAUCUGCUGGCCUUCGCCAUUGCCGCGCCCAGCAUUCACACGGUGGUCGUUAAGUUCAGGGAUAACGUUACGAUACCACCGGAUCAGGUGCACAAUAAGGCAUAUUUGGGUUCCUACUGGCGGGAGUUGGGUGCGGCCUGGAACAGCACGGACGGCACCCAGGAGUGGGGCGCUCCCUUUCGCGACUGCAACCUGUUGACGCGUCGCUGGCUCUGGCCAUUUCGCAUAUCCUUCAGCGAGCACAGGAUCAAAGUUGUGGCGGCUGCCUUCAUUGCCGCCGAUGAGGAUGUGUGCAACGAUGGCCUGGAGGAAGUUUUCGGUCGCCGCCAUGGUUGCGAUCGGAAUACGACCUUUUGCCUGCUCACCGAGAACAAACCCGCCGCCACCCGGGAUGUGUACACCUGUCUGUGCCGGGAAUCCUACUACCUGCCCAACUCCACGCUCCAGGGAUUCCGUGGCGAUCGGGUGGAGCUGUCCGAGGGCUACGACAACUACUCGUGCAUUCCGUGUCCCGGCGGAUGCACCAACUGCGAUAGCAACGGCGUCUGUCUGACCUUCCAGGAGGAGGAGGUGCUCAAUGUGGACGCCUGCCUGCGCCUCCUGGUGGCCAUCGUCCUGGGCGCCUGCAUCCUGUGCUGCAUCGUCCUCGGCGUGAUUGUCUUCCGGCAGCGAAAGUGCAAGGCCAUUGCGUCUGGCAUGUGGACUGUGCUGGAGACGAUACUGCUGGGCAUUGUUUUACUUUAUGCAUCUGUUGCCGUCCAUUUCUUUCCCGCAUCCACCGAGCGCUGCCUUCUGGAGCCCUGGCUCCGGGAACUGGGCUUCAUCACCUGCUACGGCGCCAUCAUCCUGAAGUUGUACCGCCACCUGGUGGACUUCCGCACCCGGAAGGCGCAUCGCUGGGUGCUGCGCGACGUGGACCUGCUCAAGUAUCUGGGCACCAUGGUCUUUGCCGUCAUCUGCUACAUGGCCGCCUUUACGGCCUCGUCGCUGGAUCUCCUCGAAAGUGCGCAGCUGGAGAGCCUCAGGGAGGCGGACACGAACACCUGCCAUCCGCUCAAGUGGGAGCUGGUCACGCAGACCAGCGAGAUGCUCAUCCUGUGCUUCGGGCUGCACCUGUCCAUCGCCAGUCGGAAUGCCAACACCCAGUUCCGGGAACGACAAUUUCUGGUCACCGCCCUGACGCUGGAGUUCCUGGUCUCGUCCAGCUUCUACUUUCUGCGCUUUGUCUACCUGCCGGAAAUGAGUCCCAGCGCCAUCUUGCUGGCCCUGUUCAUCCGCUCCCAGCUGACGAAUAGUUUCGCCUUGGGUCUGAUAUUUGUGCCAAAGUUGUGGUAUCAGCACAAGCAGGUUCGUUCGCUAGCGUAUGAUCUAUCAAUACGUUUACCUGUGGAUGCUUUCAAGGGUACGUCACACGACGCCGGCCAGCGGCUGGGCGGAGGAUAUGCCGGGCUCUGUCUGGGCGAUCCGGACAUCGGGGAGCUGACCAUAUCCGAAAUGAGUCCCGAGGACAUACGCGCCGAACUCAAAAGACUGUAUACCCAACUGGAGAUAAUGAAGAACAAGACUCUGAGGCAGGACAAUCCACACAUCAGUAAGCGACGUGGCGGACGCAAGGCGGGUCACCGUCGCUUCUCCCUGCAGAAAAAGGGCAGCAAGGAUAAGGCUCUAAGUGCCAAACACCGCAGCAACAAGCAUCAUCAGGACAUCGAGAUCACCGAGGCGGAACCCUCCAGGACACCCGAGGACUCGGUGUGCAGUGCCGAAGGACCCACGGAUACCUAUGCGGAAAUCUCCGGCGUGUCCCACUCAAUGCUCUCCCACUCGAUGGUCUCCCACUCCGUGGUCUCACACUCGAAGUAAGGAGUCCUUGCAGGAUCAUGGCGGAUAUUUGAGAAUUGUAUAUAGGUAUUGAACGGUACGAUACAUGUUGGUAUGUGUAGAUAAUAUGUGAGAAAUACUUAUUAUAUAGCGCAACAACACAAACAAUAAAAGAAUUACUUUAAUUUCGCAAAGAAAGAAAAACCAGGAAAAUGAUAGAUGCAAAUGGAGAUGCAACAAACACUCACCAAACACAAACAAUAACAAACAUUACUUUAUUUUUCAAUGAAACGUGAAGUGAAGAACCUUGAAAGCAGUCAAGAAGUUUUAUAAAGUUUUGAUAAAUUUUUAGACGAUUUUACUUUACGUUGAUUUCUCUCAGUCUUGAGUUCGAUUGAUUUCGAUUGAUGUUAUCGAUCAUCACUGAUAGAUCAAAGUUGUUCAAACGGUAGAGCGGUAAAACAGAGCCCACCUGUGUAGGUAACGAUAUAACUGUAAAAACAAGGCCACAUACACUAAGAAAAACAAACCCAUUCCUAAAACACGCGUUUUCGUUUACCUCUGAGUUCCUCGACAGUUAGUUACUAACCAUUUGCUUUCCAGUCAACCUUUCACGUAACACUAUACACUUGAGCUAAACAAAUGAUAUAGAUCUUGAGAUCAUUUUCGAUCAGCGAAUAAUCAGUUGUAAAUUUGAGCUUAUAGGCAUAAACAUAAAACUAGCAAUUCCCCCCAUUAACUAUCUUGCUAAUCUUACCAACUAAAGUGUAUUUGUAUUAUAUAUUAUAUACUUGUAAUUUCCACUCAUUCCCAUCCAAAAUCUGAAAACGGGCUAGACUUUCUGUAAAUACACACAAUGUACGAGGACGAAAGCGCAAAUUGUUACAUUUUCAAAACACACAGUUCCCGAACGAGAGUGAAAAUCAUAGGAAAAUGCUUAAUAGAGGCUAAAAGUGCAUAUUUUUUUUUUCAACCUAGCCCAACAAAUUGCAACUCAAGUAUUAUUCACUACUCGCUGAUUUCCUCCGAAAUUUGUAGAUCCCAAUCCAGAACAUCUUAAAUUCGUUAUUCUCGAAAAAAGAUCGUGUUAGAAUAUUGAAAAAAAAAACACAAAGUAAAAACAUUUCAAAUGUACGCAAUAAAUUUUGGAUGAGCUCGUUAUAAAAAACAAGAGAGAGAAAAGAAGGGGGAAAACAAGUCCAUAGAAAUCAUAUAGUACAGUUACAUGGGCAUUUAUAAGGGUUAUGAAAAGUAUAUCUAUAUACACUACAACAAAUAUAUAGAAAGUAAAACAUGGCAAAUGGUUAAAUUAGGUAAACUUACAGCAUGCAUGCAACAAAUUGAGCAUUUAAAACAAAAUGAAGGCAAAACCCAAAAUGAUUAUUAAUUAUAAAA